GCCCGGAGGGGGCGGAGGCAGGCAGCCAUGACAGUCUCCUACACGCUGAAGGUGGCCAAUGCCCAGUUCGGGGGCUUCUCCAAGCUGCUUUUCAGGUGGAAGGGGAGCAUCUACAAACUGCUCUACAAGGAGUUCCUUGUCUUUGUCAUGCUGUACGCGAUGCUGAGCAUCACUUACCGGCGGUUGCUGACCGAAGAGCAGAAGCGUGUCUAUGUGAAAGUGGCUCAGUACUGCAACCGCUCCACGGACCUCAUCCCCAUGUCCUUUGUCCUGGGUUUUUACGUCACGCUGAUCGUGAACCGGUGGUGGGCCCAGUACACCAGCAUCCCACUGCCUGACCAGCUGAUGUGCGUCAUCUCCAGCACCGUCCACGGGAAGGAUGAAAAGGGGAGGAUCCUGCGGCGCUCGCUCAUCCGUUACGCCAACUUGUCCUCCGUGCUCAUCCUGCGCUCGGUCAGCACCAGGGUGCUCAAGAGGUUUCCAACCAUGGACCAUGUGGUAGAAGCAGGCUUCAUGACACAGGAAGAGCGCAAGAAGUUUGAGAGCCUCCACUCGGACUUCAACAAGUACUGGAUCCCCUGCGUGUGGUUCACCAACCUGGCUGCCCAGGCCAGGCGAGAUGGGCGGGUCAGGGACGACGUGGCCCUCCGCUUACUCAUAGAUGAGCUGAAUCUGUACCGUGCCAAAUGCAGCAUGCUGUUCCAUUACGACUGGAUCAGCAUCCCACUGGUGUACACACAGGUAGUUACAAUCGCCGUCUAUUCCUUCUUCGCCUUCUGUGUGAUCGGGCGGCAGUUUCUGGAGCCCCUGGACCCAGAGCAGGAUCAGGACCGGUAUCUGGAUCUGUACGUCCCUCUGACCACCCUCCUGCAGUUCUUCUUCUAUGCCGGCUGGCUGAAGGUCGCAGAACAGAUCAUUAACCCAUUUGGAGAGGACGACGAUGACUUUGAAACUAAUAAGCUGAUCGACAGGAACUUGCAGGUGUCCCUGCUCUCCGUGGAUGACAUGUACCAGAACCUGCCUCUAACAGGGAAGGACAAAUACUGGAAUGAAUCCACAGCUCAGCCACCUUAUACCAUCGCCACGGCUGCCGAGACCUUGAAGCCCUCCUUCCUGGGAUCCACCUUCGAUAUGCGGAUGAGCGACGACCCGGAGCAGAGCCAGCAGGUGGAGGCCUCGCCCAGCCUGCCCCGCAUGCACACGCCCUUGCUCAACCGCUUCCUGACCGCGGCCGCCUCCCCCGCUGUCAGCCUGAAGAAUUUCGGGAGGAGCAACCGGGCCCACCACCACCUUUUGCGCCUCAGGGGCGAGGGCGGCUUCCCCUCUCCCAACCCCCGCUGUGGCGAGGACCCUGAAGCGGUGGGCCGCAUCGAGGAGGAAGAGACGGAAGAUGAGGCCAGCGAGCCCCCCACACCCGGCACCCGCCUCAAGAUACCCAGCCGGCUGGAAGCCUCACAGGGGCCUCAGAGGGAGAACCCCCAGAUCCGCGUGAGGCAACCCUCCGACGAGAGCAUUGCCACCGACCAGUCGGCUGCCUAGAGGCAGCGAGCUCAGCGUGCCUCGUCACUCCACUCUCAGUGCGAGCUGCGCCCCAGCAUCUGUCCUCUAGGCCUGGUAGCUCAUGUGAUAGUGCUGCCAGCUAAGGGCCUGAUCCAAAACCCACUGAAAUGAAGGGAAAGACUCCCCCUGACUCAGUGGGCAUUGGAGCAGGCCCACAGGGCCAGAAGCCAGACUGUAGCGAUCAGCUCAAACGCUGCAAAAGGUUCGAGAAGGAUCAUGCUCUACAGAAAGCCCCAUCACCAGUUCCCCAUCACACCCCUCUGGUUGCCAUGGCCCAACUGUUGGAUUCAGUGGGUGACAAAGAACCAA